AUGCCUCCCCUCCUUUGGACCUCGAUCACGAUCGCCAUAAUCGGCACCUCGAGAUGGGUUGUCCAUUUAUUCCAUGAUGCCGUAUCCAUCGCCAUCCUCGUCUGUUGCGGACGGGACACCCUCCAGCAACGAACCCCUGGUCUUUCAGAGCCCAGAGCCAUAGGGAAGGGACAAUGUGGCGAAAUUUGGACCCGCGUUGGAUCUGUGGUGGUCACCAAAACUAACAACCCGGGAAAGGAAGAUCAACUCUGGAACGACUCCUGCAUGCAUCGACUGAUAGAGGAGACGAUGCGAACGACGCCUACCAGCCUCCAACGUGACAUCAAUAUCCCCAAGUUUGAGAUGUUGGCGAGUUUAACCCACAAAUUCUGGAAUGAUGUUCCGGAGCACAUCCGGCCAAAUAUCAAGCCAAAAUAUGGCCUCGUUUCGAGUAGGAUCAGACCUGUUACCGAGGCAUUGAGGAGAGAUAUUGUGAAAGCCUUCGCACCAUCAUCAGCCAACAAACGAAGUGCUCUGACAGAGCUGGAGAAUCAAGACUGCUUGGUACGGUUAUAUCUGGGUCGUAGAGAGAAAAGAUUUGACAGGCAAGCUUUUCGGCUUCGUAAUUUCGACCUCAUGGUCAAUGAGAUGGAGGAACUCCAGCUUGACACCUCAAAAUUCGCAGCAAUCAUGGGCAAAACUCUGUCGAUACUGCAUUGGUCCGCCCACGUGGACGCGGACGAUGUGGAAUUCGUGUUGGGUCGGAGUCCAACCCUCAAAAUGCGUGCCUCAGCAACGGACUGCAAUGACUCAAACAAAGACGAUGUGUGCCAGGAUUUCACCUCUGACGAGCGUCACAAUGUCAUCUGGCUAUUGGAUUUUGAUCAGUGUAAGUCACUUGACGACAACGAUGCUGGUAUCAAGCAGUUGAUGCAAAGCUUUUACUUCAACGACCCAUAUUAUCCGAGGCCAGAGGCCAACCAUCCGAACGACGUUGCUCUCUGGGCGACCUUCAGAGACAACUACCUUGAGGCAAGCGGUCUGCUGACUGCGAUUAUGAUGCCCGCCCGGUUUAUCGAAGCUGUCGAGACCGAGGCCAGAAGGCGAAAAGCCGGCGGGUCAAUCUUUGGGCGAAGUGACAAUAAUGCAGGUUACAGGAAGUGA